CCAGCAGCCAGGCCAACGACACACAACUCUCUCGACUCGAAACGCGGUGUGACGUUCCACUCGUUUUGUGAGAAGCACAAAAAAUAGUGCGCUGUCAAAAAUUUUGUGUGCUUUGGUGCAUCGGUUCCCUUUCGCAGUUUCGGAAAUUCAGUGCUAAGAAGUUCCAUCUACCUCCGAUUAGGUCACUGUAGACAACGACGAUGGCCCUGGUGUGCGAUUUGAAGAUGCUGCUGGCCUGCCGCGGUGCCUUUGGUCAGAUCAGAAACAUCCAUCUGGCGGCCGCUAACAAUGCCGCGGCCAAGAAGGUCAAGAAGUUCCAAAUCUACCGUUGGAAUCCGGACAAGCCCGAGCAGAAGCCAUACAACCAGACCUACGAAGUGGAUCUGAGCGCCUGCGGCCCGAUGGUGCUCGAUGCCCUCAUCAAGAUCAAGAACGAAAUCGACCCCACGUUGACGUUCCGUCGUUCGUGUCGCGAGGGCAUUUGCGGGUCGUGUGCGAUGAACAUCGGAGGCACCAACACGUUGGCGUGCAUCAGCAAGAUCGAUGCCGACAACUUGGACAAGCCGACCAAGGUGUACCCGUUGCCGCACAUGUACGUGGUGAAGGACUUGGUGCCGGACAUGAACAAUUUCUACAACCAGUAUCGCUCGAUCCAGCCGUGGCUGCAGCGCAAGAACGAAGCCGGCGAGAAGAAGGGCGAUGCCCAGUACCUCCAGUCGGUGGACGACCGCGCCAAGCUGGACGGUUUGUACGAGUGCAUUCUGUGUGCUUGUUGCUCCACCUCGUGUCCCUCGUACUGGUGGAACGGCGACAAGUAUCUUGGUCCGGCCGUCCUUAUGCAGGCCUACCGUUGGAUUAUCGAUUCCCGUGACGAAUCGACGGCCGCUCGGUUGGACAAGCUGAAGGAUCCGUUCAGCGUUUACCGGUGCCACACCAUCAUGAACUGCACACGCACCUGCCCGAAGGGUCUCAAUCCGGGUAAGGCAAUUGCCGAGAUCAAGAAACUGCUGUCCGGUAUCGCCAAGAAGGACGCCCCCGGACUGGAAACGGCCGCUCUGCACGGUAAGUAAAUGGAGCUUGGAGAGAAGUGGUUCGACGAUCGGAUGUCAUGCGCAACAGUAUGGUUUGGAAAUUUUGAGCAAGCAAACUGUGACUAGAGUUAUAUGAAAGUUUUACUACGGCUUAGAAAUCGAAGGUACGUAUUGAUCCAGUGCUGAAUUGGAUAACUUAUUUAUGAAUCACAUGAAAAUUUCGGAUUAAACCUAUGUACUGUAAUAAAACCAUUGCUAAGGCAGAUUUGAUCUGCUGGAUAUUGAAA